AUGGAAAUCGUAUGUGUAACAGGCGCCGGAGGCUUUGUAGCUUCAUGGGCAGUUAAGGAGCUAUUGGCGAAAGGUUAUGUUGUUCAUGGAACUGUAAGAGACCCCGAUGACGAGAAGAAGAAUGGUCACCUGAAGAAGCUGGAGCAUGCUAAGGAGAGGCUUCAUCUCUUCAAGGCAGACUUGCUAGACUACGAUAGUCUCUGUACCGCCAUCAGUGGAUGCACUGGGGUUAUCCAUGUUGCUACACCCGUUCCUGCUGGAAAAGUAGCUGAUCCUCAGGAAGACAUGCUUAGACCUGCCAUAACAGGAACGCGAAACGUAAUGAAUGCAUGUUUUGAGAGUAAAGUGAAAAAAGUUGUGGUAGUUUCAUCUAUAGCUGCUGUGAUAGGAAACCCUGGUUGGCCAAAGGAUCAAGCAAUGGAUGAAAAUUGUUGGACUGAUGCUGAUUAUUGCAUGAAAGCCGAAAAGUGGUAUUGUGCUAGCAAGGCUAUAUCAGAGCGUGAAGCACUAGAAUUCGGAAAGAUGAACAACCUUAAUGUUGUGUCAAUUUGUCCAUCUGUAGUAUUUGGGCCAAUGCUUCAACCAAAAUUAUGUACCACUAACAUGAUCCAGCUGAACCUCUUUAAAGGCGAAAAUACAUUCAAUCUCGUUGAGCUUGACAGAGCAGAAGAAGAUAUAUUUGUUCCUAUCGUGGAUGUUCGUGAUUGUGCCAAAGCGUUGCUCCUUGCCUAUGAAAAGCCAGAAGCAGAGGGGCGGUACAUUUGUUCUUCACAUUGUUUGAAGAUAUCUGCUUUAAUAAAAAUGCUAAAGGGAUUGUUUCCGCAUUACAAACAUCCUACCAAGCUCCCAGCUGCUUUAAAUAAUGAACAAAUGAAUUACACAUGUGAGAAGAUAAGGAAUCUUGGAUGGAAUUAUAUGCCACUUGAGAAGACAUUGGCUGACUCUGUCAAAAGGAUGAAGGAAACUGGUUUUCUACAUUAA